CGAGUCAGACGGCAACCCUAGCACAGAAGAUGAAUCCAGUAAGGGACAGGAGGAUUUAUCUCCCCAUCCACUCUCCAGCUCGUCCGAUGGCGUUACCAGCCUCAGCCUUCCUGGCCACAUGGAGCCUGUCUACAUGCAGCAGCUCGGAAACACUAAAAUAGCCUUGAGCUCAUCUGGCGUCUUGUUGAAUGGAAACCUCGUGCCUGCCAGUACCUCUCCUGUCUUUCUCAAUGGUAGUUCUUUUCUUCAGGGACCCAACGGUGUCAUUCUCAAUGGACUCAGCGUGGGGGCUUCGCAGACGGUUACCUUAAAUUCGCCCAAAACCACGUCGAGUGUUGUGAGCAACGGGGUAUCCAUUACUGACAUACUGUCAUCUUCAUCAGAAGAUGUUAAGGACUUCAAACUUCUUCAGGCUUCAGUCCCCAACGCUGCAGCAGCCACCUUCAGCCCAAGCAACAUCCCGGUCUCAUUCCCGGGAUUGAUACCAAGCUCAGAGGUGAAAAGGGAAAGCGUACAAACUGCUGCUUCCCAAGAUGGAGGCUCUGUGGUUACUUUUACUGCUCCUGUCCAAAUAAACCAGUAUGGUAUUGUCCAGAUCCCCAAUUCAGGAACAAAUGGCCAGCUGCUGAACGGAAGCAUCGGUUUUUCUUCUCUGCAGCUCCCUCCGGUUUCUGUGGCAGCUUCACAAGGUAAUGUUUCAGUAAAUCCCAGCACAUCCGACGGGGGAACUUUUACAACUGAGUCUUCAACAGUGCAGCAAGGAAAGGUUUUCUUCAGCCCUCUCGCUCCGAGUGCAGUCGUUUAUACAGUUCCCAAUUCAGGCCAGGCAGUAGGCUCUGUCAAGCAAGAAGGACUGGAAAGAAGCCUUGUGUUUUCUCAGUUGAUGCCAGUCAGUCAGAACACGCAACUAAAUGUAAACAUGUCUUCUGAAAAUAUAUCCAGCGGAGGACUCCAGUCCCUGACCUCCUCGUUAGUGAAUGUAACGCCCUCACAUAAUUUUUCCCUCACACCACCAACUCUCUUAAAUGCUGCAGAACUGAACUCUAGUAUCUCGGAGAGCCAGUCCAUGUCGUCGCCCGUGACCAGUACCUCUACCGUGAUAUCUAUCAGCAACACUAACUAUGCAACCCUUCAGAACUGUUCCCUCAUUACCAGUCAAGAUCUGUUGUCCAUUUCUACAGCACAGCCUGCGCUUGGAGAAAUCGUUUCUACAAGCGGAGACCGUGUCAGCCACCCCUCUGCACAAGUACAUCAAGAUUUUGUCAGAGAGCACAGGUUAGUUCUGCAAGCCGUACCCGACGUCAAAGAGAAUUUCUUACCCAAUUCUGAGAGUAAGUCAACUGGCAAUUUAAUGAUGCUGGAUUCAAAAUCCAAGUAUGUUAUGAGUAACAUGGUUGACACGGUUUGUGAAGAACUGGAAACGGACAAAAAAGAACUUGCCAAACUGCAAACAGUUCAGAUGGAUGAAGAUAUGCAAGACUUGUAG